AGUAGGAAAAUGAGAAGGCAACUGGAGUGGGAUCUGUGUUGAAAAGGGAUCUGAUCUCCUUCUUCUCACGCAAACUUUACUGAACCAAAAAAAAAAAAACCUGUCUUCCCUUUACGACUCCCACAUCAGUGGGCGAAUUCGAAACGUUCUUUCUUUGCCUUCACUUUCAUCAUCACUUCACCAUUUUCCUUUCAAACUUUCUCUCCAACCAAACAACAACUGGAACGUCAAAUCCUCUCAAUUUCUUAACUGAAUUCAACUCAUUUGCAAGAAAAAGAAAAUGGUGUUUUCGUUGUUGUCUUUCGAGUGAUAGAAAGAAAAAAAAAACACAUAAAGUAAUUAAUUAAGUAAAAGAAAGAAAAGAAUGAGUGCCAUGAAGCGAAAACCGGUUCAGCAAAAAUCACAGAUUAGAUGGAAGAGGAAAGUUUUGGCGGCGCUUUUAGUGUUGCUUUGUUUCGCGAGUUUAGUGUUAAUGGAGACACAGUACCCUCAAGUUGUUUCUUUGUCUUCUUUACGACAUCGUUUCAUCGUUAAACCGAAGAUCGCCUUCCUUUUCAUCGCUAGGAAUCGGCUUCCUCUUGAUAUGGUUUGGGAUGCUUUCUUCAAGGGAGAAGAGAAUAGGUUUUCAGUUUAUGUUCAUUCUAGGCCUGGUUUUUUAUUAAACAAGGGAACAACGAGAUCCGCUUAUUUUUUGAAUCGGCAAGUUAAUGAUAGCAUUCAGGUAGAUUGGGGAGAAGCGACUAUGAUUGAGGCUGAGCGUAUAUUGCUUAGACAUGCGCUGACGGAUCCUUAUAAUGAACGCUUUGUUUUUGUCUCGGAUAGCUGUAUACCAAUUUAUAACUUCAGUUACACGUAUGACUAUAUCAUGUCAACAUCAACCAGUUUUGUAGACAGCUUCGCUGAUACAAAAGAGGGUCGCUACAACCCAAAAAUGGAUCCUGUUAUUCCUGUUUACAACUGGAGGAAAGGAUCUCAGUGGGUUGUGCUAACAAGAAAGCAUGCAGGGGUGGUUGUAAAUGAUACUACAGUCUUUCCCAUGUUUCAACAACACUGCAAGAGGAAAUCAUUACCGGAGUUUUGGCGAGAUCGUCCAUUUCCAGCUGAUCCAGCAAAGGAGCACAAUUGUAUACCAGAUGAACAUUACGUUCAAACAUUACUUGCGCAAGAAGGCUUUGAAGGGGAAAUUACGCGCAGAUCAUUAACCUAUUCUGCAUGGGAUCUUUCGGCCUCAAAAGAUCGUGAACGCCGCGGAUGGCAUCCUGUGACUUAUAAGUUUUCUGAUGCCACUCCUGUGCUAAUCAAAUCCAUAAAGGAUAUUGACAAUAUCAAUUAUGAAACUGAAAACAGAAGAGAAUGGUGCAGUAGCAAGGGGAAGCCAGCCCCUUGCUUCCUUUUUGCGAGAAAAUUCACCAGGCCUGCGGCUCUCCACCUUCUUAAUUUGUCGGUUCUGGGAGCUCGCCGAGGAGCAAAAAGUGAAACAUAACAAUACAAAGGGUAAUUUUCUGUACUUUGGCUAAUGUUAGGUAGGAUUUGUUAGGCUUAACCUGUUGUAUUUUUUGCAGUAAAAAAUAAUAGAGGGAGCUGUAAAUUUAGAGAGGGGGAAAUGAAAUCCAAAGUUUGUUGUUGUAUAAUAAGAAUAUCAUUUUCUAAAUAAAAAUAUACAUAUAUGAAAAUUUUCAUUGUUUUA